AAGGCCUGUUAUUCUCGAUCGAAUCACGCGACUCAACGUGGCCACGGCCUCUUCCCCUCAACCAUUUCCUCUCCACCGAGCUUUGCGUGCUCCGUCUCCCUCGCGCCCGAUCCACGCUCCUCGAUUCUCCAUCUCUCCUUCCAGGGCUGUGGAUUUGGAUGUUUGUGUUUGGUUGGGGGUGCUCUUUGUGUGGGUUUCGAUUAAUGUGCGUGUUCGCGGCUUGCGCUGCUGGUUAUUAGGUGUUGAGAGGUUGGAUUUGUUUUUGAGGUGGAGGUUGUCCCUGGGUGGGUGUGCUGGAAAUGACAAGGAGCAUCAGGAACCAUCGCAAAAUUACAUCCCGUUGGGCUAGGCCAACCCCAUAUCCCUUGCCUUCACACCAUGGUGCUUCAGGAAACAGAACUGAUCUGAAGAACUCACCAUUAGGCUUGGAGAAAAAGGAUUGGCAAGACGCAACUUGUUCAGUUUGCAUGGAAUUUCCACAUAAUGCUGUUCUUCUCCUUUGCUCAUCUCAUGACAAGGGUUGCCGCCCUUACAUGUGUGGCACCAGCUAUCGUCACUCAAAUUGUCUGGAGAUGUUCAAGAAGGCUUACACUAAAGCAAUGCCCUCCAAUGAAACAAAUGCAGAGAAUCCUAGUUUGAGCCUGAUGACUGCUGGUUGGUCUACUUGCAAGAAAUCUGAGGGGAUCGAGCUUGCUUGUCCCCUGUGCCGUGGACAAGUGAAGGGAUGGACGGUUGUUGAGCCUGCACGGGAGUAUCUGAACAAAAAGAGGAGAAGCUGCAUGCACGAUGACUGCUCAUUUGUGGGAACAUAUAAACAACUUCAGAAACAUGUGAGGGCUGAGCAUCCCCGUGCAAAACCACGAAAAGUGGAUCCUAUUCUGGAACAGAAAUGGAGAAUGAUGGAACAUCAGAGGGAAAGGGAAGAUAUUAUCAGCACAAUCAGAGCAUCAAAUCCAAGGUCUGUAGUAUUGGGGGAUUAUGUGAUAGACUUCGAUGGUGGCUCUGACACUGAUGGUGAGGAUCUCGGUGAAGGGGAAAGAAAUUAUGGAGCAAGGGGUGGCUUCAAUACAAACUAUUUUUAUUUUCUCCUUCAAGAAGGGGCUGGAUCUCUGUUGUCAAGGUUUACUAGAGAUGAUGAAACAUUUGACAGCUUAGAGGAUGGCGGUGGUACUGUGCUCUCAAUUGAUGAUGAUGCUCCUGCUGUUGAUGCAGCUGCUGGCAAUCUUCUGGAAGGAGAUGAUGAGGAUGACGACCAAGGCAGACAAGCAGCAAUGUCUGUGAAUUUAUUGAGAUCUGGGAGGCGGCGAAGGCGGCGGAGCCGUGGGAGACUGUCUUCGGGUGUGAGCUGAAGUAGAAUAUUGUGGACACAAGGUGUAGGAUCAUUAGCUGACGGAUAAAAAAAAAAGUUUCAUCAUGAAGUACCAUUGUGCAUGAAUUCUCUCCAUAUUUUCAUCUUAUUUAUUCUCACAUGACGAUAUUUACUCAUCA